AUGAGAGUCUCCAAGUCAAAAGAAUGCAUACAGGUACUCUUCAGUAUUACCUUGAGUAUCCUGGGGGUGGCAGCGAAGCCUAGGUGUGACCCAGAGGACAACAUGUAUUACCACCAACAGGCUGACCAAUGCUUUCGAUGUGAUCGGUGCUACAAAGGGGAGGAGCCUAUACCUUUGGAGAGUUGGGAAUUUAAUGGGAAUGGUGAGACAGGGCCCACUGAAUGUAGACCAUGUCGGAAAUGUCGUCCGGGAAUGUUCAGUGAUACACGCUCCUUUGCAUGUAAGCCCUGCAAGAACUGUACACUGUACAAUCAGUAUGAAACUGGCCAGUGUACAAAUGAGCGAAACACCAUUUGUGAUGGAGUGAAGCCAACGACACCAUAUAGACCUAAUUCUGAACCAGAGAGCAGUCCUGACAAAACUGGCAGCAGCCAAGGAGAGCAUACAUCAACAGAAAAUCAAUCAAGUGGGCAGAUAAACAUUACCAUUCCAUCACAGGAAAGCAGUGAUGAUUCACAACCCCUACUCCAACAGAUCUCAUUUAACAAUCAAUCUGUGGCACAUUCCAGCAUAGAGCUUGAAGAAUCAGGGCCUUUAGAAAUAGAUUCCAUUUUAACAAACAAUUCUCAGGAAAGCAUAGAUGGACCUCUAUCUCUCUCUGAUGAGCAUCGUCCUCCUACUGCAGCAGGAAAUCUUAUCAGGUUUGAAAAUCAUGACAAAAGAAAUUCCGCAGCAUUGUCUACAGAUGGCAGCACAGAUAGUGAGGCAGACCAGGAGGUAAUGGAGAUGAAUCAAGUGACAGAUGGAGCUUCCAAUUCCUUCUCAAGAAAAAUCAAGUAUGAUAGGCAGUGGUCCUACCCAUUUGAUGAAAAAGGGGAGAGGGAUUACAAGUCUACUGCCUCAAAGUCAAACUCCAUGGCAGUCUCUGAGAAAGUUUCCAAGGAUGACUUAUCUAUUGGAAUCAAGAACAGGAAAGAAAACAAGGUUCUAGAGGAGAAAUUCCUGCGCUCUAUUUCAAAACACCUUGUGAAGGAUAGGAUGUAUAUCCAUAUAGCUAGAGAAUGUGGACUAGAAGAGGCAGACGUAGAUAUUGUGAAAAUUGAUAACCAGCAUGAAUCGGUGCAAGAGGCAUCGUACCAAAUGCUGCGACGCCUUGUGAUGAAGUGUCGUACAACACAAGCUGUUUUUAUUAAAGCUGUGCGGAAGCAUGACCAACUGGCUUUGGAGAAAGUUUUUCAGUGUCUUUAAUUAGAAAUUUUUUGAGAUUUUUUUG